AACAUUUGUGACGAAGGAUCCUCUGUGUAACUCGAUCAACUCUGACGACAAAAUUGUCUGAACCUCCGCGAUAUCGAGCAUCCUGUCGAUAACGCGAAACAGAUAAAAGAAGUCGAGCCCAUCAAUUGCAGCAGUUAGCAUCAGUUUCAGUAGCAAAUUGCUCGUAUGAACGAAAGGACGAGAAAUAUGGGAUACAUUGGUGGUAUAAUCUUUAUAAACUCUAUCCUUAUAACAGGUGUAAUGAUGUCGUCGUGGUCGACCAGGCAACCUAAAAACGAGUUGGAUGAUUCGGACCAUGAGUGCAUCGUGAGAUUCAGUCGGAGGGAAGAACGAUUCGUGCCGUAUACGGAAACGUACAAGGCUCGGAAAUGGGGACUUUUUUAUGUGAUUAAGACUCGAACAAACUACAGGAGCGAGUACAGAACCACUUGGGUGACUGAGAAAACGUGCUGCAACGGCUACGUGAAAAACGACAACGUCUGCGUGCCAGUAUGCUCGGUUCCUUGCAUCAACGCAAGAUGCGUAAAACCAAAUACGUGCGAAUGCGAACAAGGAUUUAGACAGCAGUAUGUAUCGUUCGCGUGCGAGCCAGUAUGCGAGGGGAACUGCAAGAACGGCGUUUGCCAAUCUCCUAAUAAAUGCAUGUGCAACACUGGCUACGAAUUGUCCGCUGACAAGUUGCACUGUCAACCAAUUUGCCAGCAAAAUUGCGAACAGCUAAAUGCUCAUUGCGUGGGGCCGAACCAUUGCGUCUGCAAUCCAGGCUACGAGCUAUCCGAUUUACUGUGCAAGCCGAUUUGUAAAAUGCCAUGUGAAAAUGGCAAGUGCACAGCGCCGGACGUUUGCACUUGCAACGAUGGUUACGAACUUAUGGAUAUGUUCACCUGCACGCCCAAGUGCGAGCAACCUUGUAAAUACGGCAAUUGCACGGCACCAAACAAUUGUACAUGCAACCCAGGAUACCAACAGAACGAGGCCAAGGACUGUGAUCCGAUCUGUAGCGAAUCCUGCGUGAAUGGAACUUGUAUCGCCCCGGAAGUCUGCAGCUGCGACCCAGGUUACGGAUUAUUGAACGAUUCCAAGUAUGUUUGCGAGCCCAUGUGCGAAAAGGCUUGCGUAAAUGGAACCUGCACAGCACCUGACAUCUGUUCUUGCCACGACGGCUAUCGAGUUAGCGGAGAUGACACGAUGAAGCACGUGUGCGAGCCAAUUUGCGAGAAAUCUUGCGGAAACGGAACGUGCACCGCGCCAGGAGUUUGCAACUGCACGGAGGGUUACUGGUUCGAGGAAGAGGAACGAACGUGCGUACCGUUUUGCAAGAUUCCUUGUGAACCUGGCGGAACAUGCGUGGCACCGGACACUUGCAGUUGCUUCGAUGGAUAUCGGACGAUCGAUACGAACGUGAAGGAAAACGAAGUAGACAAAAUCACAGAUGGUUACAUAUCAGCCUGUGAACCUAUCUGCGAACCAAGUUGCAAACAUGGUAAAUGCACGGCGCCGAAUUUCUGCACUUGCAAUGACAACUACACACGAUCGUCAGAUAAUCGGUGCAUGCCAAUCUGUUCCUCCUGUGAAAACGGUAUCUGCGUUGCGCCACAUGUAUGCCAGUGUUUAGAAGGUUUCGUCAAGGAAUCCGAAGGCUCGUGCGUAGCAUUUUGCGAAAAUAACUGCGAGAACGGAAAAUGCGUGGCGCCAAACGAGUGCCGAUGCGAUGUUGGCUUUGAAAUGAGUGCGAAUGGUACCUGCGUUAAGCCGUGUACACGCGUUUGCAAAGGUCAUGGAGUAUGCGUGAAGGACGAGGAACCGUGUGAAUGUUCUUACGGAUGGACAGGGUGGGAUUGUGACCAACCCACUGUGUGCAUUUUAGUAAUGGAUUUCGACGAUAAGACCGUCAAUCGACUCACGGUCCACAAUGAGACGAAUAGCACGCAAAUGGAUGCCAGACAUUACGCACCGUAUUGCUACCAAUGCAACGACACAGAGGGCAACAAAAGUUUCUGCUUUACUAUAACCUCCGACCAUGGUCCAUCGACCAUUGGUUGCUUUGUCGAAAGAGAAUCGCCGUGCUACCUAUCUAUGUAUCACAGCAGCACUAACACAGUGUCCAGGAUGGUUGGAACAUUAACAGCAAUUACGAUCGUAAUAAUAGCGACCGCAACAACGGCAGCGUAUUUCUUCAUUCGUAGACAACGGAAAAUGAAGACGCGCGCAGCCAUCGUGCAAAAUGAUUUGUAUCAAGAAACUAUCACACACGAAGCAAACGAAUGUCUCAUUUCGGAAGAUGAAAGUCACGAUGCAAUCGUGAACGACACUGGGAUAAAUUAGAACGAACAAAGAAAGUACGAAUCGGUAUUUGAACGAGAAUUUUCUCCUAGUAAGUUCUCGGAGGAUAAGAAGAUAUACAGGCGAUAUACAAUCUUCAGGAUACGUGUACGAUAUCAUCGCGUGAAAAACGGAACACCUAUGACGAUAGUAUUAAUACUUGAAACGCUACCUUUUGUAUUAAAUAUACGAAAACGUUCUACAAAAGAAAAGAAGAAAGCUGUACUCGAUUAACCAUACCAAUAUCCUACAGCGACGUCGGAAGCCAAAUGAUUCCCAAUACGAUCCACGAUCCUCCAUU